AUGGCGGAAUACAAGGGCUACAUCAUUGGCCUCAAAAUGGCAUUGGAUAUGAACAUUCACAAGUUAAUGGUCAUAGGAAAUUUAGAUCUAUUGAUUCACCAAGUACAAGGAGAAUGGGCCACGAAGAAUGCCCAGAUCUUACCAUAUGUGAAGCUCGCACAAAGAUUAUGCAAAAAGUGCAAGAAGAUCGAUUUCAAGCAUACUUCGAGGGCUCAAAAUGAGUUGGCCGAUGCUCUGGCUACCAUAGCAUCCAUGAUACAACACCUGAAUAUCAGUCAUAUUGACCCGUUGGAGAUAAGUCUAAGAGAAGAAAACGCCUACUAUUUGCAUAUGGUGGAAGAGCCCGAUGGCCUGCCACGGUAUAUUGACAUAAAGAUAUACUUGGAAAACGGAGAGUAUCUCGAGAAUACUAUGAGUAACCAGAAGAAAUCCAUCCGGAGAAUGGCCAAUGGAUUCUUCCUGAAUAAGGAGAUUCUUCACAAAAGAAUGCCGAAUAUAGGAUUACUCCGAUGCGUGGAUGCCGCCGAGGCCACAAAAUUAUUAGAAUAG